GGGGAAGAUGCAUUUUCAACUGUCUUCAAAGAUUUGGUGGCAAACUGUUUUGGAGAUGGGAGAACUGCUGAUGGCGGCUCGCGACCCAAAUCGAUAAGCCCGCGUGGAUUCUCUGCAGAUGGGUAAUUUGUCCGUGUCUUCCGUUUUCGUUGAGCUUUUCUCCGAAUUUCGUUUCACCGUUAGCCAUGACCGGACUUCGGAGAUCGAGCACAGAUUUUGUUGUUUUCACGCUCCAAAGUUUUUGAAGCUAGUUUUUAGCAUUUUGGCGCCAUUUUUAACUUGAUUAUAGUUUGUUCUACCUUUCAUUGUUUAUUCUCCAUGAGAGUUAAGGAUUCCUGGUACUGUUACUAAAGUUUUUUUCGAUUUCUGUUUUACGAUAUGAAUGAAUUAGUUUGCGGAGCUUAGAGGUUUGAGUUCAGCUUCUGUUGGUUGUCUGUUGCGCAAUGGAAUGCAAUAGGGAUGAGGCUCUGAGGGCGAAAGAGCAUGCUGAAAGGAAGUUUACUGAAAAGGACUAUGUGGGUGCGAAGAAAUUGGCGCUGAAGGCCCAGAAUCUCUCUCCAACCCUGGACGGAAUCAGCCAAAUGUUAACUGUCUUUGAUAUUUAUAUUGCAUCCGAAGCAAAAAUUAAUGGGGAGAGAGAUUGGUAUGGAGUCCUCCAUAUCAAUACUUCAGCGGAUGAAGAAACUGUGAAGAAGCAGUACAGAAAGUUAGUUCUUCUCCUACAUCCAGAUAAGAACAAAUCUGCAGGUGCUGAGGGUGCUUUCCAGUUUGUUUCCGAAGCUUGGAACGUGCUAUCAAAUAAAAGUAAGAAAAUGGUGUACGACCAGAAAAUAUUUGUAAAAAUUUCUCAUCAAAAGACUUUUCAAACCAGCAAUAAUGAUAAUAAUACUUCAACUCCCAGCACUAAAAGCAAUGGUUUUAACCAGAACACCAACAUGACCACAGUGAAGUCAAGAACUCAGCAGAAUAACUCUUGCAGGCCUCCCUCUGUCCCUCCAUCUCCAUCUCAACCACCAUUUCAGACAUUCUGGACCUCCUGCACUGGCUGUUGCAUGCAGUAUGAAUACCAUAGGAUGUAUCUAAACAAAAGCCUCCUAUGUCCCAAAUGUAAAAAGCCAUUUCUAGCUAAAGAAUUGCCUCUUCCUCCCAGCGGACACAAUCAUCCUCCAUGGUACUCAAAACAGCAGCACCAUAAGAAAGCCUACGAAAAAUUUUCUGCUCAUCCAGGAAUGGGUGCAUCUGGAUUCCAACAUGGACUAAGCAGGGACUCAUCCAACAAUACAAGCUUCCAAAACCCCCCAUUUUCUGGAGCUGCUGCUACUCACAAUGCAAAUGGCUCUUCUGCUUGUGUCCAACAGGCUGCUACUGCGGGUCGCCAAUCACAUGAGAAUGCUAAAAGGUAUCAAGCAGAAGAACGGGCAGCCGCUAGAAGGGAGAAGUUUCUCCGUAGAAGGUUGUCAACAAGGAAUCAUGGUGGUUCUGAAACUCUUUAUGCUGGAUUUGGUGCUGAUAUUUCUUUGACUAGAUCAGGCAAUGGAGCUGAGUUAGGAAAAAAUGAUAGUGGAGAGCAGAUGGACUCAAAUAGCAGGCAUGGCGGAAAUAUUGUUCCUGGAGCAGUAAUGGGCACUUGGCAUUAUGUUAAUUUUUUGAAGUCUAGAUUGAGCUCAAGUCCCACCAUCUUUAACAGAGAAAUCGCACAAAUAAAUGCCAAGGCUAUACUAAUGGAAAAGGCUAAGGUUGCAAUACUUGAGAAACUAGAAGAAUUUAAUUUAGCUAUUGCUGAUAUGGCGGCGAAGAAGCAAAAAACCAAAGAUGUUAAUGAAGCAAGAGUAGUUGAUAAAGUAAAUGCGAAGUACACAGUUCACCGAUCUGAUGUAAAAGUACUUGAUGGCCCUAGGAGUAAAAAUGAGGAAUUUAGUGACAAGGAGGUCCUCCAAAAAGAGGAUAGUAGUGAUCCUAAUGAGGUAGUCAAUCAGUCUCUGUCCAUUGAUGUUCCAGAUUCUGAUUUUUAUGAUUUUGAUAAAGAUCGCACUGAAAAAACUUUUGGAGAUGAUCAGGUGUGGGCUACUUAUGAUGACGAUGAUGGUAUGCCUCGGUAUUAUGCCUAUAUUCAGAAAGUUAUAUCUGCAAAACCUUUCAAGGUCCGCAUGAGUUUUCUCACAUCAAAGUCCAAUGUUGAAUUUGGCUCAUUAAAGUGGGUUAGCAGUGGUUUUUGUAAAACAUGUGGAGAUUUUAGAGUAGGCAGAUAUUCAGUCAUCAAUACAAUUAAUAUUUUCUCUCAUAAGAUUAAAUGGGAGAAAGGCUUUCGGGGAGUAUUCAAAGUUCUUCCUAGAAAAGGUGAUAUUUGGGCAUUAUACAGAAAUUGGUGUCCUGACUGGAAUGAGCGUACACCUGAUGAUGUAAUUCACAAGUAUGAAAUGGUGGAGGUACUAGAGGACUAUUGUGAAGAUCAAGGGAUCUUGGUUGUUCCUUUAGCGAAGGUUACUGGAUUUAGAACACUUUUCUUUCGGCAUAUGGACCCUAAAGAAAAUUUGAAGAUCCCAAAAGAAGAAAUGUUCCGAUUUUCACAUCAGGUACCGUUUUAUUUGCUCACGGGUGAAGAAGAUCAUAAUGCUCCAAAGGAUUGCCUUGAGCUUGACCCAGCAGCAACUCCUUUGGAACUUCUCCAGGUCCUCGCAAAUACAACAGUGGGGAGCUGAUGGAUGAUGCUGAUCAACAGCCAGUUACCUGACCCUGGGAUGCGUUGGUCCAUUUUUGACCUAUCGGCAGUUAUUGAGCUUUUAUCAACAUUUGUAGUGCCAAUCUGUACAACCUUUUCAGCCUUUUUUGUUACAACUAGGAUAAUGAUUCUGGAUGUGUAGCCCAUUCCAAAAUCAUAUAAAUGCUGUUCAUGGGUGUCUGUUUUGAAUAUUAUCAGCGCUACAAUUGUUGGUUAUAUCUGGAAGGUAUCUAGAAUUAUCUUGUGAAGUAUAUUCAUUCAAAUGAUGGAGCUUUGGUGUUUUCUCAGGAAGUGGAGCUUGCUCUGAUUCUCCAGGGAGAAGAAGUGCUGUUGUUGUUAUCUCUUCUGCCUGCUGCCUUCGCGGCUGCUGCUAUUGUUCGGUGGCUGUUACUGCUUCUUUCUGCUGCUUUUCGGUAGCUACUGUUGCCGGUAGGCAGGAGGUUUGAUAACAAGAUGGGUUUCGGUGAAGGAGGGGCCUGCAGCAAGGAAUUCUGGUAACAGGGAAGAGAUCCCAAGGCAUAAGAAUAUCCGAUUUCCACACAAUCUGAUAUAUUUUAGAGGUAAAACAAUCAUAUUGAGAGAUAAUAAAGACAUAUUUAAAUCGUACCAAAAUCUUUCCACCAAGUGCUUCCUCGAGUCAAUACCACAACUCAACUGAUUGCUUGUUUUGCGUGAGAUCCCAAGAUUUUAAUCAAGAAUCUAUAUUUGCUCUCUGCCACUUAAAUUGUGCAGGUAGAAAUGUACUUAUAUAAUAUAAGGAUGAAAUGUUCACUUGGAAGGAAAAACCCUCGGCCAAAUCAGAUUUGGAUCCUAUGCAUUGUCUUUUAUCCUAUGCAACACAUGUUCGGCUGAGUUUUUGUGUAGUCAUCAAGUUAUGUUUUGUAACUAUGAGCUCCAUUUAGUAAUUGAAGAAGCAUAGCAAAUAAGUAUCCUAUAUUGUACUGCUUACUAGAUUUUAGUGGGGCUGUAUCUUGUACAGUGAUUAAUCGAGACCCUUUUGUCUUAUUUUGGCUGCUGGUCCAUGGAAAACAUAUGGAUGAAUUGUGUAUA